GGGAUGGAAGAGAGGGAGCGGCCGUCAUUCCCUGCCGGAGCCGGGCCGGCCGCGCCGCCAGCAGCGGGAGGGGCUCGGCUGCUCCCCGGCACCGCUCUCGUUCCUGCCCUGCCCCGGCCCCGCCGCCGAGGAGGCUGACGGCGCUCCGGGCUCAUCCUGCGGGCUCGCUUCGUGCUGCUCCGCCUGCCCCGGCCGGCUCCAUGGAGGCUCGCCUUGCCACUUUCUUCCGCCUUGCCUAAUCUGAAGGUAUGUACCACUCCUGGUGUGGUUUAUAAACCCAGCUUCUGAAAAGGAGGAUUCUGUGGCUCAGCAAGUGGCCCUAGCAGGGGGUGUAUCCCUGGAGUCACAUCCAAGGGGAGAAGACACUUGCAGGAGCAGCGAAGGGAUGCAAAGUUGUCUUCCAAGAUGACUCUUAUGCCUGGAGAAAAUUCCGACUAUGACUAUAGUGCCCUGAGCUGUACUUCAGAUGCUUCCUUCAACCACACUUUCUUUCCAGAAUCUGAAACCCUCAAGGGAGUGUUUUACCAAAGAGCCAGGCUAAUCCACCCUCAGGAGGAUCUCCUCAAAGGCUUCCACCCCGACGACCGCAAGCGUCACAUAAUUAUCAACGUGGGGGGCAUCAAGUACCUGCUCCCCUGGACCACGCUGGAUGAGUUCCCCCUGACACGUUUGGGACAGCUCAAGUUCUGCACUAAUUUUGACGACAUUCUGAACAUCUGUGACGAUUACGAUGUGACGUGCAAUGAAUUCUUCUUCGACCGCAACCCGGGGGCGUUCAGGACCAUCCUGACCUUCCUGCGGGUCGGCAAACUCCGGCUCUUGCGGGAGAUGUGUGCGCUGUCCUUCCAAGAGGAGCUGCUCUACUGGGGCAUUGAGGAAGACAACUUGGACUGGUGUUGUAAAAGGAGAUACCUGCAAAAAAUGGAGGAGCUCACAGAGAUUAAUGAACGGGAGGAUGACCUCCUAGAAAAUGAAACAACAGGUGAAACAGUAGAGGAGACAAAAAUUGGUUUGUGCAUGAGAAAGUUGCAAGACAUGGUGGAAAGGCCCCAGUCUGGCCUUCCUGGAAAGGUGUUUGCGUGUUUGUCUGUUUUGUUUGUAACUAUUACAGCAGUGAACUUAUCCAUCAGCACCAUGCCUGACCUGAGGGAGGAGGAGGAAAAGGGUGAGUGUUCCCAGAUGUGCUACAAUAUUUUCAUUGUGGAGUCUGUGUGUGUGGCAUGGUUCUCCCUGGAGUUCCUGCUCAGAUUCAUCCAGGCCAAGAGCAAGUUCUCCUUCCUGCGGAGGCCGCUGACGCUGAUAGACAUAAUCGCCAUCCUGCCCUACUACAUCACCCUGCUGGUGGACACGGGCUCCGAGGGCUCCAAGAAGCCCAGCUCGGGCAACAUCUACCUGGACAAGGUGGGGCUGGUGCUGCGGAUCCUGCGGGCGCUGCGCAUCCUGUACGUGAUGCGGCUGGCGCGGCACUCGCUGGGGCUGCAGACGCUGGGGCUGACGGCACGGCGCUGCACGCGCGAGUUCGGGCUGCUGCUGCUCUUCCUCUGCGUGGCCAUCGCGCUCUUCGCGCCCCUGCUCUACGUCAUCGAGAACGAGAUGGCCGACUCGCAGGAGUUCACCAGCAUCCCCGCCUGCUACUGGUGGGCCGUCAUCACCAUGACCACCGUGGGCUACGGGGACAUGGUGCCCAGGAGCAUCCCCGGGCAGGUGGUGGCCCUGAGCAGCAUCCUGAGCGGCAUCCUCCUCAUGGCCUUCCCGGUCACCUCCAUCUUCCACACCUUCUCCCGCUCCUACCUGGAGCUGAAGCAAGAGCAGGAGAGGAUCAUGUACAGGAGAGCGCAGUUCCUGCUGAAAGCCAAGUCUCAGAUGAGCAAUGAGUCACAAGGCAGCGAGGUUUUGUUCACCACUCUCUCUUCCGAGGCUAGGGACAAUGAAUGAAAUUUACAUUGCUGUUUCCCUUGCUGUCAUUGUAUCAGACUCCAUCUUUUAAUUCCCUCUGGAAGCACCUUACAAAGGUAAUCCUCACAUUAAAACGAAGAGAAGGAGCUCUAACCAGGACCUGGUGUGGUUUAACAAGUCUGUGAUUAUGCUGUUCCUUCCUCCCCCCAUGUAACGUAUAGGGCAGAACUUUCACCGAGAUCAUGCAGUGGGAUUUAAGGAUUUAAAACUUCUCUGGCAACAACAAAAAAAUACAGCAACAUAUAAUUAUGCACUUGACAGGCUGUUUUGCCAUUUGUAAUACACAUUUUUCCAACCGAAUCACAAUGUACAUAAUCAUUAAACAGGCUACCAUUUUUCUUGUUCUUGUAUAUAAAUAAUGUAAAUACAUCAGAAUUAAUGGCUGAAUUCUCUCCCAGUAACACGCCUUAGAGCGUAAUGGAAAUAACCACAGAUAUUUGUCCCAUUGUGCUUUUAAAAAGCGUCAAGUAAGAUUCGUCACUCGCCACAGAACCAGCUCUUUCCUUGCAAGUCAGCCCUACCCACAGCAGAACACAGAAGAAUUGAGCUGUUUAUAGCAUAACCUCGCUAAAGAUGUAAAUACUCAGAGCUCACCAGCUUCAAAAUUUAAUUGAUGUUACAGCAUUGAUCCGAUGCCAUCGAAUGCAACAUUCCGGGGAACAAAGCCUCGGAGUUUUGUAGCACUUAAUGUUAUUAUCAAGAGGUGACUAGCUGCAAAUCCAGUGAAAUAUGCAUGAGGAGAUGCCAGCCUUCCCCACCAUCUGUUCCCAGCUUCGCUCGCCCUCAGCUCUGAGAGGGAACUGGGAGAGGGCAUUUUCCAGGGACCCCCAGCACUGCUGGGCAAACUGGGGCCACCCCUUCCCACCGAGCUCCUGGCAGGAGCAGGAAAUGUGUGCCAGCCAGGGGAAAAGGAAAUCAGAUUGGAGUCAUGGAGGGGAGCGGUGACAGCUUUGUGCCUCAGUGUCCCCAUCAGGAGGGACUCGGGACAGGUUUACUUCACCUCUGCCAUCGUUACACCCCUGCUGGUCAUGGGGAGGGUUUAGAGAGGACAGGACAGAGCAGUGACAGCGUGAGGGACAAGCAGGUGUUGUCCACCUGGGCCCAGGCUCUGUGCUGGGGAGGGGAGCACAGGGACACUCGGGUUUCAUCACACAGGAGUGACCCUGACCUGCAGAGCAGCACAGGAGAAAAACUCCAGAACUCAGAAGAUAAUUAAAUCCACUUGUUUGAUUUCAUGUGUGCUUAGAGGUACAGAAAAGCUGAUUUAAAGAGUUUCUCUUAUUUUCUACCCAUUUUUAAUAAAAAUGGUUUACUAGCAGUAAAGAGCUUGGGGAAUGUAGAAGUCCCCACCACACUGACCAAUGCUUCUUUGUCUUGAUAUUCAGAAAUACUAUUUCUUAUUGGCAUGUCUGGAGCAGGUUGUGAGAAAUGUCAGAAUGCAUAAUGGUUUUAAAUGAAGGCCAAGGACACAGCAUUGUCCUUCAAAAAAAAAGUAAAAUCAGUUUCUCAGUCUGUGAUGUUUGGGCAAACCCACAGCAUGCUGAUUUUCUGUUCAAAUGUCUUUAAAAUACAAUUUGAAGCUGUUCUGAUACGCUUGUUCCUGAAGGAAAAUUCCAAAACUUUUUAAAAUGCACUUUACAAAUAAUUAGGGCUGUAACAUUCUCCAGCCUGUGAUAGGGAAAUGUGCCUAUGGAACAUUACUGCAGAGUGCUAAAAUAUCCAGUCUAAACUCUUGGCAAUUAAUUCUGUGCCAAAGCUGCAAAUGAACCAGCUUUUCACUCUUGUUCUUCAUCUUUAAUUAGAGUUGGACAAAAAACAGGAACAUCGUGACAAAAAAUUCUUCUCCCCAUUUUUUUUAAAUUUCAAAACUGUUUGAUCAUCUGGAGCAUUGGCUCCAGCACAAGUGCUAUGCAUCUUCUACCUUUGUGUCAGCGUUCGUUAUAAAAAGAACUGGUAAUUAGAUUAGUCCUGUGAGCAACAGUUGCUUAUCUAAGAAUGUGUUUGACAGGCUGAGCCAUAAAUAAGGAGCUGUACGUGAAUAUAAGGAGAAAUCAAGACUUACCAAAUAAAACCUAAGCUCAUUUCCAUGUUCUGCUAGCUAAUAAAUGCUGUAGGGCCAUCCAUUUUCUCACUGUCUUUACAUUAAUGCUCAUUUAUUUCGUGUAUCACCUAAUUUUUUUAUCCCACAACUAGAGCUUGAUUCUAAAGCCCUUGUCCAAUAAAAAUAAAAUAAAAAUAUCA